CCGCUACAUUGGUUUAUCCGUUUCACAAAGAAACUGAUAAGGAAUAAUGUCGGACCGAUUAGUUUCGCCGGUCCGAUGAUAUAGGCCAGCGUGAGCGCUCCGACCUACAACCUCUCUCAAGUGUACACGUUACUGCUAGCAUUUCUCUGUCAUGCAUGUCAAUUAUUCGCAGGGUCAAAGCGCGCGAACAUAUCACUGUCGGCUUACCAUUUUGGCUCAGCCACGCUGAAAUUCCAAAAAGCGAUGCGUCAGAGCAGAUACAGUACAAACCAUACAAAUGUCCAUGUCAAUGAACGGAAGAAAAUUCGUGGAAGAUUUUACCUACACCCUUGAGCGUGAUUUCACUUCUCCCUCUGGAAAGCCUGCAGCCUGGGCUCCAGACCAUCCGAAACAAUGGGGUCAAGAGAGAGCGAAGAUUCGGCUGGAUGGAACAGCAACAACGCCCACUCUUAGUCCUGAUGAUAGGUUUGUUGCAGUUGGGGUCGAUGAAGAAUUACACGUCUUUGAUGUUGCUACGCAGGAGCGUCUCGAAGUGCUGACAGAUGGAGAGCUGAUUGAGACUGUUAAGUUUGCGCCAGGUUUUGUUGAGAACAGCAAUGGCAAAGACACCCGCUAUGUUUUAGCGUCACAAGGUGGUGGUGAGAAGACCAUGGUUAUUCUGUGGGAGCUGGACGAGCAGGGGAAACUCGCAGCCAAGACAAUACAUGAGCAAGAACACAGACUCUGCUUCGAGGGCGAACUAGGCUCGUUCAGUCCUGACGGCAAAACGAUGAUCUUUAUUAGCCAGAACGAAACAACCCAAGACGAAACACGUGAAGCUGCGUCCCUUCCCUGUGUCAAUCUGUGGAAUAUCGAGACUAGGUCCUUUCGACACAAACUGCUGGGCCACACGGACUCUAUAACGUGGGCUGCCAUGAGCCCAGAUAACAAGCUGGUCGCAUCCGUCGCAUGGGAUCGCACAACACGGGUCUGGGAUGCCAGUUCUGGGUCCUGUCUUCACGUCUUGGGGCCUUUUGGCGGCCAGCUCUGGAGCGGAGCCUUCUCUCCGGAUCAAAAGUACCUUGCCAUUAACCAAGGGAAUCCAAAGACCCAUGUCCACGUCUACGACAUCGCCACGGAGCAACCAGUGUCUCGCUUUGAUGGAUUGCAUCGCUCGGCACGUUCUCUGUCCUGGAGUCAUGAUGGGACCAUGCUAGCCAACGAGGCUGAUGAAGGAACGCUUUGCAUCUGGGAUCCAUACACGGGAGAGGAGCGGAUGCGAUGGUGUCUAGCAUUUGAUGAUCUCCUGAUGCGUCGCUUUGCUACCACUCGAGCAGUGCAGUUUGUGGAUGGUGGCCGGAAGUUGGUGUUUCAGAUUAGAGAGGGAACCGUGGAGGCGUAUGAUUUUGAAAGCAAUCUCAAGCGGCAAUUUACAAGGGGGGUGGGGGGUAAGAUAGACAAAUGUCCUAUUUCGGAGAUGGUUUGCUCAAGGGAUUCAAAAUUUGUUGUUGUCCCCGAUAUGGAUGGAGUCUUGAGAAUUUGGGACCUCUAGGCUUGUUUUUUAGUGU